AUUUGUCAACUAUUAAGAGAGGGAAAGAGAGUUUUAGAGAGAGAGAGUGUGUGUUCCGUGUAGGAAGGCAAAGCUCCAGACGUCGUAGCUCAGUAAUCCCUCUUACGCUUCCGCAGACUCUCCGGCUUCAGCCCUCUUUGAUCAGAUCAGCCAUGGCCGACGAGAUUGAUCUGAAAACUGCACCCGCCGAUUUCCGAUUCCCUACAACAAAUCAGACCAGACACUGUUUCACCCGCUACAUCGAGUUUCACAGGUGCUUGACUGCAAAGGGUGAAGAGUCGGGUGAAUGUGAGAAGUUCGCCCGGUACUACCGUUCAUUGUGCCCUGGAGAAUGGGUUGAGAAGUGGAAUGAGCAGAGGGAGAAUGGAACAUUCCCGGGUCCCCUGUGAUUUCGCGAGUCAUCACUGCAAUUGUGAAGUCUUCUCUUCUGCCAUUGAAUUUCAUGGUUUUCUGCUUUCAUAGAACGCUCGAGCUGUCUCGAGAUGGGAUUAUAUUCUCUCAGUGUAAUAAGGCAUUGAAUGAAGCUUUUUGGGUUUAAACUGGCAUUUGUUUUCCUCUGGACAAUUUCUCUGUUCUAUUUAUAUGCUUCUUUGGUUUCCGAAA